AUGGCUCCUAACGUCCUGGCAGGAUUUGUCGUUUUUGAUGAAAAAAGCGACAAAAUGGAGGUGGUAGCCUUGGCUGUGGGUACGAAGUAUCUCCCUCCAGAUAUUGUGCGAAAAGAUGAGGAGGGUCGGAACGAACUUGUGCACGAUUGCCACGCGGAGGUGUUGGCGAGGAACGCUCUACUGAGAUGGCUGCGAGACUCCCCUGCUGAGGAGUGGACCGACACCAAGUCGUUGCACAUGUACAGUUCCUCGGCCCCUUGUGGGAAUGCUUGCAUAAAGCGAUGGGUCACCGGGAAGAAGGAGAAGUUCAAUGCCGAGGAGAAGUUGUGGUCAACAGCCCAGCAUCGAAAGGUAGAACUACACUCGAUUGCCGAGGGACAGGUUGAAGCUACAUUCAAAACCGCACAGGGGGAUCCUCCUAUGAAGGAGUAUUUCCCGAAAGGUAUCGUCCGGGCGAGCGCGGUUGACGACCAGCAAGGAAGGAUCCUCUCGUGCUCUGACAAGAUCGCCUUGUGGAACGUUUUUGGUGUGGGGAAGGUGAAUGGCAAGUCGCUGUUUAUGGACUCGAUUACGAUUGGGAGGAAGUUCUCUCGAGGCUGUUGUGAACGGGCGCUGUGCUGUAGGAUGGUUUUCAAGGGGGCCCCGAGGGAGGUGAGGCAUCCGAGUAUCCUUUGUAGUGCGGUAAAGCUGCAAGAAGGAGGGAUGGACGCUGACAAGGGCGCGGACUUUACUGAUGGGGAAUGUCGAUGGUGGAGGAGGUGUCGGGAAGGCUCUUGGGAGGGAGAGGUACUCGAUGGCAGUACGGGAAGAUGUGCUGAUGGUGCGGUAUCGAAGUUGGCACGAUGCCAAGUAUCGUGGAAGACACUCGCCAUUCAAGUGCUUGUAUGCUCCGUCCCUUGUGGUUGA